AUUUGUAGAAGAAGUGGUUGAUGUUUUGAAAUCUUUUGAAGAAAUGACAAGACAUUUUAGUGGCUCCAAAUAUUCUAUCAUAAAUCUUAUAUAUCCUUAUAUUCCUCUUAUCUAUGGAUCUUUAUCAGAAAACUCUGAGCAAAUAUCAGAGAACCUUUCAGAUAAUGAUACAAGUGUUAGUAGUAGUAAUGAGGCCAACAUACCUUUAGCUGGAAAUAGGCAACAAUGGCUGUAUGCACCACAGAGAUUAAAAGCAUCUAUGUUAGAUCCAAGGGUAUUAAAAUUACUUUCAUUUACUACUGAGUAUGAAUGUAGAAAUACUGAAGUACGAAUUCGUGCAGAGUUAUCAAUAUUGAAAGUGCAAUUUAGACAGAACAAUAAUAAUACAGAAGCUUGUAUUAUUACAGAAGAAGAAUAA